CUCUUUAUUUCAACGGUUAUUUUCUCAAAACUUGAAUCACCACUUUAUUCAAAACCAUUGAUCAGCUGAAUUAACGAAACAAAACUCUUCGAACUACUUGAAGAAAGGUGGGACCCUUGUGACAAAAUUUAGUACAACAUUCGGAUCUUGUUUCUUUACUUCCUUAAAACUUAGGAUUUGCUUUGUCCUCUCAACCGUCGCUUUCAUCCUCUUUAUAUAUAAUAACUUCAUCACAUUAUCACAUAACUCAAUUCUCACCUAUUUUUACAAACUAGCAUUGAAAUUCAUAACAUGAUGGAGAAGGAAGUAAUGCUAGUAGCUGUAGCAGUGCCUUCCAUAGAUUUCAAUUUCAACACCAACUGUUCAUCUUCCCAUUACAUCACUGACCCUUCAACUCCCCAACAUUUCCCCAACAACUUCUCCUUCACGUCCCUCAAAGAUGAUGAUCAUAAACCUAUCAUCAACAACAAUGAUCAAGAUUUUGAAUUCAACUUCAAUACCCAUCUUCAAAGUUCUUCUCUUUCUGCUGAUGAACUUUUCCAUGCUGGAAAAAUUCUCCCUCUCAACCUCAUCCCACCUCAUCAUCAUCAUCAUCAAGAACAACAGGAAACAGAGAAAAAGUUACUAGAAGAAGAACAACAACUGAAUAAGGUUUCUGGUAGAGAAAGAUCUUCAUCGUUUUCGUUUCCUACUUGUCGUGAUCAUAGAAAAUAUUCCAAACUCUCCGAUAGUAACAAAAACAUUAAACAAAUCGAAACUUCAUCUUUUUCAUCUUUCUUGUCAACAAUUACCUUCUCAAAAGGUUAUCGAAAAUGGAGAUUCAAAGAUUUUCUUUUAUUUCGGAGUGCUUCGGAAGGAAGAGGCUCAGACAGAGAUCCUUUGAGGAAAUACAGAGUUUUGUCUAAAACGACAGCGUACGAGGAUGUCGGGAACUCUAGUUUCCGAUCCGUUGAGAAUUCCGGUUCGGUUUCCAAACGGAGAAAACCGGUUUCGGCUCAUGAGUUGCAUUAUACGCUGAACCGGGCCGCUUCUGAGGAAUUGAAGAGGAAAACUAUGUUGCCUUAUAAACAAGGUUUGUUGGGCUGUUUGGGGUUUAAUCAUGGUAUGAAUCACACUAGUAGAAGAUUUUGAUCUUUAGAAUGUUCAUAUUUCAAUACAAAUCUUCUUUUUUUUCUUUAAAGAAAAUUAUUGAUUUGUUGUUUUUUAUUUUUAUUUUUUUUGAAACUCCCUUUGAAAAUGUAUGCAAUUCUAUCU